CUGCUGUGAUUGGCUGCAGGUGGUGCAGCAGCUGAUCCGGUUCCUGCACCGGCUGGCGUCCCUGAACAAGGACCUGGCGGUGGUGAUGUGCCGGCUGGGGACCCGGGAUGCUCUGGGCCGGGCCCUGGACAAGCACGGCACGCACCUGCUGCUGCUCCCAGAGCUCCGGGACCUGGUCUCGGACUGUGAGAAGAACGCCAGCCUCUACAAGAGGAUGACCACCAGCGUGCUGGCUGGGUGCAUCCAGAUGGUGCUGGGUCAGAUCGAGGAGCAUCGCCGCAGCCAUCAGCCAAUCAACAUCCCCUUCUUCGACGUCUUCCUCAGGAACCUCUGCCAAGGUGGGUGUCCCACAACGAGGGGUGUUAGAGACAC